CCCAAGCCCAUUCUUCGCUCCAGUGUCCUUCUCUUUGAGAGCCAGUAGUAGCAGCAAGCAGCUAGGUCGAUUAGCGGGAUCCAGACAUCCAGUCCCGGGUGAAGGAGAUGGCACUCUCUCGUCGCAUGGCCGCCUCCGCCCUCCUCCUCCUGGUUCUCCUCGUCGCCACAGAGAUGGGGACGACGAAGGUGGCGGAGGCGAGGCACUGCCUGUCGCAGAGCCACAGGUUCAAGGGCACCUGCAUCAGGAACGGCAACUGCGCCAACGUGUGCAUGACGGAGAACUUCCCCGACGGCGAGUGCCAGACUCGGGGCCUCGAGCGCAAGUGCUUCUGCAAGAGGGUCUGCUAGCCGGCCGGCCGGCCGCCGCAUUGCUGCCUCUCUGCCGGCGAUUAGUUCCUCCGUUGGAUCGAUUAGUUGUUCCUUUGUUGCUAAUCUUGUGCGCGCCCGUCUCUGCUGUUCUAGUUAUUAGUUGUUUCCUCCGCGCGUUUAGAAUAAAGUAGACCCUGAAAUUAAGUGCUGCUCGGGACCGCGAGAGAUUUUGCGCGUGCAAAAUCAAAACCUCGCACCGUUGCGGCUCUGCGUCCGGAGGUCUGUCUACGUAAUUCAGUGUCUCCUCGUGCUUGUCAAGAUGCUGCUGCUGCCAUGUAAGCUCGUUCCAUGGACAAAUGCAAUGUAUCUGUGUGUUGUGUGUCA